GAGUCACCCGCCGCCCGUCAGUCGAUUCUUGGCUCUUUUCUUCGCCCACGACCCCGCGGCACGUCGCAGUCGCACCCCUCACCGCCAGGCGACGCCAGCAGGGACUCACCGCCCCCAGUCGUCCCACCCGCCGACGGCGCACGCCGUCGAAACGCCCCCGCCCUCCAGCCAUCUUCAUCUCAGGCCGGUCUGUCGCAGAUGCUGCGCCGCCGACGAUCCGCAGGGGCCGUGGCCACGCCCCAAGGAGCAGCCGUGGCCCCUCGCCCGGCCACAUCGAACAACGCCGCAACGCACCGGAUCCGCCUCGUCCCGCACUUGGCCUCAAGAUCCUCACUGCGAUUCGAGCCCAUCUGCAGAGACGUGCGCGAGGGCGACCCGGCGCUGCGGAUCGGACGGUUCACCGACCGGUCAGGACUGGGACUGGCGGCGGCGAACGCACUCGGGUCGAACAAGCUCGCGUUCAAGUCGAAGGUGGUGUCGCGCGCGCACGCGGAGAUCUGGGCGGAGGCGGGCGGGCGGUUCUUCAUCAAGGACACGAAGAGCAGCUCGGGCACGUUCCUCAACCACGUCCGGCUCUCGCCCGCGAACACGGAGAGCCGCCCCUCGGAGCUGCGCGAUGGGGACAUUCUGCAGCUCGGCGUGGACUACCAGGGCGGGAACGAGGACAUCUACAAGUGCGUGAAGAUCAAGAUUGAGAUGGGCCGCGAAUGGCAGGCGCACGCCAACCCGUUCAACGCGAACGCCCUGAAGCAGCUGAAGGCGAUCUCGCUCCCGAACAACGCAACCUCGAAGAAGACGCUGCCGAGGUCGUCGCUCCCGGACUGCUGCAUCUGCCUGUUCGCGGUGACGAUCCACCAGGCGCUGUUCAUCGCGCCAUGCUCGCACGCGUUCCACUUCAAGUGCAUCCGGCCGCUGCUCGAGACGCACCACCCCGCGUUCUCGUGCCCGCUCUGCCGCACGUUCGCAAAUCUGGAAGAGGACGUCGAGGUUGAGAUCGAGGGGAGCGUGUUUGGCGGGGACGAUGAU